GUGAUUGAAAGGCGUGGCUAAUUCUUUCCAUUCUCAGCUGAAAAAAUGGGAUCAAAUCUCUCCUUUCCAAGAGUAGACCUCUCUGGUAAAGUGGCAGUUGUCACUGGAGCUAACACUGGCAUUGGAUAUGAGACUGCUAAAGCUCUCUCGGUCAUGGGAGCUCAUACCAUCAUAGCCUGUAGAUCCAGUGAAAGGGCACAUGCUGCUGUGGAGAGGAUGAAGGAGGAGAUAGGUAGAGAGUUUCCUGAUAAGUCCGUCAUAAUAGAGUACAUGCUCCUUGACCUCAGCUCCUUCCAAUCAACCAAAGAUUUCACCGUUGCCUUCAAGGAGAAGAACAUUCCAUUGCACAUCCUCAUCAAUAAUGCUGGAGUGGCAUGGCUACCGUUAACAAUGACAGAGGAUGGAUAUGAAGCUCACUUUCAGAUCAAUCAUCUCAGCCACUUCCUAUUGACACUGGAGCUGCUCCCUGUUAUGCUUGAUACUGCUGAAUCAUGUAAAGACUGUAGGAUUGUCAUAGUCUCUUCAAGGUUACAUACCUCCGCGGAAUUCACACCUGGAAACAUGAACGCUGAGCAAGAAUAUUCUAGAACUAAAUUCUAUUCAAAUUCUAAGCUUUACAACGUCAUGUCAGCUUAUGCAUUGCAAAGAAGAUUAGAGAAUGUGGGCGUGACCGUCUCUGUGUUGCAUCCUGGAUCUGUAGAGACAGAGCUUGGUCGAAACACUGCCGAUAGCUUUUGGUUAAACUUUUUUUAUAAAGCAUACAAAGUAGCCAUGAUACCUGUCAUUCGUGAUGCACAGAAAGGUGCAGCCACUUCAUUAAAUGCUGCUGUUAAUCCUGACCUCAGCUCUCAGAGAUGUUUAUAUUUUACUGAUUGCAGCCCAACUCUCUCAAGCUCUCUGUCAAGAGAUUUUAAAUCCCAAGAGCAGCUGUGGGAGAUAAGCAUGAGCAUCAUCAAGGAGUGGCUGAGCUGGUCCAUUCAUCAAAAAUACAGUCCGACUAUGGGCCUUGUCGAAGAAGAGGUGGGGUUUUCUGACAAGGCACGCCCACUUUCAGAUGACAGCACAGAGAGAAAGGAACAGGUCAAGAUAGAGGAGACUGGUGAAGGCACACCCAUGAUCACUUUUAGGGUAUCGCGAGAAGUGACGGAUGAGGGAGAGUUGGAACCAAACGGGACUUCAUAGCCUAGUGUAGCACUGCUAUCCUUUAUGUGCAGUAUCUGACAGACACUGCACUUAAUCUAUAUUGCGUGAUGAGACUUACACAAAUGAUAUGGCUGUAAAAUAAAUACACAAUAAAACUAAUAUUAUUUUUGUUAUUAUUAUUUUUGUAUAGUGUGAAUAUUUUUACUUGAUUACAUUUUUGUUUGUUGUAAA